AUGCACGAGCGCAACCCGUACCGAGUGCGGAAACCCGACUUUGCCGCGCUCGCCGAGAAGGACGAGGCGCUGCGGCCGUUCGUCACGAAAUCUGACCACGGGGCGAGCAUCGACUUCACCGACGCCCGUGCGCUACGGGCACUGACGGCGGCGUUGCUGCGACAUGACUUUAAUCUCGACAUUGAGCUGAGGGACGACCGGCUUUGUCCCACCGUCGCUAACCGCCUCGACUACGUGCUGACCUGCCUCGACCUUGCGCAGUAUGCCGCUCCUGGUCCACUCCGCGCCCUCGACAUUGGAACGGGGCACGUCGCAGUCUAUGCUCUAUUGCUGCACAAGCUGCGGCCUGAAGCUUACGUCGUCGGGAGCGAGCUCGAGCCAACAUCGCUGGCGCACGCUCGCGAGCAGGCUGCGCGCAACUCCAUUGCACCAGCGGCAGUGGAGAUCAAGGGCGUUCCUCCCGACAACUCCUUGCUGGGUCACCUAAAGGAUCAGGACUCGUGGUCGUUCACGAUGUGCAACCCUCCCUUCUUCGCCAGCCUGGCGGAAGCUGAGGAAGCUCGCUUGGCGAAGGCGACGCCGGCGUCUGCUGCCCCGACGUGCGCGCCGAACGAGCAGGUGACAAGGGGCGGAGAGGAGCUGUUCGUUGGGCAGAUGAUUGACGAGUCGGUCGCGUACGGUGACAAGGUGGGGUGGUUCACCUCUCUCGUCGGAAGGUAUGCCUCUCUCGGUCCACUCGUCAAGCACGUCCUCACGAAGACGACGAACUACGCCGUCAUUUCCCUCAGGCAGGGCAACACGGCUCGAUGGGUGCUUGCAUGGUCGUUCUCGCCCUACCGGCUGCCGGACGUGAGCUGCACAGACCCUGUCAAGGUAGCUGACGAGCAGAACUUGACCAGACCAGCGCACGUCGAGAAGGGAACGAGCUUCGCGAAGAUGGUGUCGCUGAGUAACUCAUUCGUUCAUGAUGAAGAGGAGAAGGACCUAGACGAAGUCAGGCAGGCGAUCACCGACGUCUUGAAGAGUGUGAACAUCGACACAACAGCGGACGAGGAAGGCGUCAUCCACCUCGCCCCAACAACUAACACCUGGUCGAGGCAGGCGCGGAGAGCAGCGCAGCGGGCCGCUCAGUACGCUGAAGGAGGGGAAGAAGCGUCAGCCGCUCUACCAGAGAGCUCGACAAGCCAGGAGCCACUGUUCCGUGCUCGCCUAAGCUUCACGAAACCUGAGGCGCCCGCUUCCACGGACGCUGAUAGGGAAAGCGAUGUGGAAGCGCCUUCGCCCUCCGUUCCAAAGGCGCGAGCAGCAAUGGAGUGGCAAUGGGGGCGAGACCGAACAAUCGUCGACGCCUUCUGGAAGUUUGUCAUCCAGAAGGCUGGAUUGCGGAAACGCAAGCAAUCAGGCGAAGACGGCCCUGCGGAGAAAAAGAGCCGACCGGGUGCCGCUGAUGACGAGGAGCAGCAGACGAACAACCCCUAUCUCCAGCACCAGGACAACCCGUAUCUCAGCCAUGGACAAGGUGGCGCCAACCGGGGGCGAGGGCGAGGUCGCGGCGGCAGGCGAGGAGCGUUAGGUGGCGGACGAGGUCGUGGAGGCUACAGCCGACCACAGGAUCAGGGCUGGGCAAGACGUCAAUGA